GUUCUAUGUCACUGGUUGUUUGCCAUCUAUGGUACUCCCUGGUCUACUGUUUGUACUGCUGUCAUCUGACUAAGACAGGAUCCAGACUGAGGGUGCCACCCAAUUCGAAGGCUGCUUCCUCUGAAGGCCUAUUUGAAGACUUAUGAUGUCACCGUGCCAUGAAGAAGUCUGUCCCAAUUCGGAGGCUCCAUCAAAAGCGUCCAGAUGCGGCCUCCAAAUGCGUCCUUCGUUUCCCGUAGUCACACAAAUACCUAUUACAUAUGUAGAUCAGAGAACAAUUUAACAUGUUAUUUCAAUGCAUUCUUUGGCACCUUUAAGGGCAUUAUAAGUGAGUAGCAAUAUUUUAUAAUAUAUUUUGUAACAGAAUUUAAUUGGUAACCAGUGUACAGAUGCUAAAAUGUGGGUUAUAUGAUCAAACUUGCGUGAUCUUGGGAAUCUAAGAUGCAUAAAAAUGAGUGUUAAAUUAGCUAUGGUUACUGUCUAUGUUCCCAGUGAUUUGUAUUAAAAUAUAAAAUAAUGCUAUGUUGUAUGAAAAACUAUGUUGUCUUGAAAAUUGAAGGAUGCCUUUAGAAAAUAUGCCCCCAGUGGUUGCAGUGAAAGUCAGGGCAGUCACAGGUAGCAAUUCACAAUUAAUCAGGUCAGGAAGAACCAAGAACCAGGAAGAAAAUAUAGCCCACAAUAUCUUUAUGAAAAAUAGAGAGAAUGCUAAUUGUUCUAUAUAUGCUGUCAUGUUUGACUAUAGUCAAAGCAGGUUCUCACUCACUGAUGAUGUUUGCAACAUAUAUAAAUGGACAGACACAAUUCCCUGAAUUCAGUACUGUAGUGCUGCUGGAUGAUUUGCAAUUAGCGUACUAUGACUCAGUCACUGGGAAACUUGUUCAUCGCAGAAACAGUACUUUUGACUACUAUAAAGAGGAUCAGAUGGAUGCGACAUACAUUUUUGGGAUGUUGUCUCUAUUGAUCAUUGUUCUUUUCUCAGUGAAACCCAGAGUUAGAGUUUUUAAGAAGACACUAACAGACUCUGGAGGGGCAAUGAUUACCUGUCUGGCCACUGGUUUUUAUCCACGUCAUAUUAACCUGACCCUUCUCAGAAAUGGAAAACCUGUGGUUGACCAUGAGAUUAUGGGAGGAGAACUGCUGCCCAAUGGAGAUGGAACUUAUCAGAUGAGGAAGAGUCUGGAGAUCCCAGCAGAAAAAAUUGAACACAACUAUAACUUCACCUGCACAGCAACUCACCUCAGCCUGGACAACAUACUUGAUGUUAAAAUGGAGCUGGAAAAUUAUCAGGGAUCAUCCACAGUGGCAGUUGUUUCCUGUUUGUUGGUGUUGGUAUGUGUGACUGCUUUGGUCAUAACUGCACUUAUGUGGAAGAAAAGAAGUACAGCUGGACGGAUCUCAAAAGCAUCAUCUCAGAGUGAUUAUACCCCUGCCUCUACUUCAGAAGAGGAGGAAAAAUAAAAGUUUGUAACAUCCAAAAUCCUGCAAACCUUAUUCCCACGCUUCUUUCUGUAGAUAUGCUAAUUAAAACAAUGAAGAACACCUAAGUUACAAUUGUUUUGUUUAAGUAUAUGUGUUAAAAGCAUUUGAUUGUAUUAUUUUAUUAGUUUUAAGUAUUUUCUGCCUGCAAAGACUGAGGGUGAGUGAGGCACAAAUACAGGGUUCAUUGUAAAAGAUAUUUUACAUAGUGUCACGGGCUGAGCAAUCUGUGCUUUUGGUAUUUUUCUUUCCCUGUCAGAAGAUGAUCUUCUGCAAAUGUGUGAAAUGUUUUGUUGUGUUUUCAUUAAGAUACAAGUAUUGGAGUAUUUUGGAGGCAUGAAAGCAAAGUCCUUCAUCAUGUGUUUUGUGUUGGGUGUGAUUUUAUGAAAAAUAUUAUGUUUUUCUUUCUAUUUACAGACAUUUUAUUCACAGUUAAUAAUACCAAUAGAUUAAUGUCAUUGCAUAAGAUGUACUUAUUGCAAUUUAAAACGUUGUUAAUUCAUAAUUUUCUCUUGCUAUUUAUAAUCAGCGCAAUUUUCUGUAAAGGCUAAAGAUCUGAAUAAUGUUUGUAGGUAGACAAAAGAAGGUCUAGGAAGGGAUGGGAGGUUAUAGUUGGAAACCACAACAAAUAGGGGAUAAUAAUCAGUUUGCACAUUUGUCAAAGCUGCUUUUGUAUUAUUUAACUAUAUGGUCAACCUGGAAUGCUCAGUGGUCCUGUGUAGCUUGGUAGAGCAUUGCAUUAGCAAAGCAAAUGGCCCCUGGGUCCUUUAAUGCACUUUAAAUAAAAGCGUCUGCUUAUUUACGUGAAUGUAAUUCUGCCAGAGAAUAGCAGUAAAUGUGAGAAAUCAAUACAACCCCUAAAUGUUGGAUGGACAUUUGGGAUCUGUAUAGGCAUAGAAUGUCAGAGAUCUAUACAAAGACUAUUUUAAUUACCUGGCUGGCACUACUGUACAUGACUACAAUCAAUCUAUCAAUGUACAUGAACUGUAGUCUAUAUGGACUGAUCUAACAAUACUAUAGUAUUUUCUCUUUCUGUUUUUGUAUAUUAUUUAUCUGGAACC